AUGGACCGUCUCCCACCCCGCUGGGCAGACGCUUCGGAUACAGUCACAGAACUCCUCUCCGAUAUCACCAGAAUGUCUCAAAAGCUAGAUAAACUACACGCCAAACACGUCUUACCGGGAUUCGAUGACAAUAGAUCUGCAGAGGAAGGAGAGAUUGAACAUUUAACCACCGAUAUUACUACGAAGUUUUAUGAAUGUCAGUCGGCGAUAAAACGUAUCGAACGGCUCGCUCAGGGUGGUACGAGGGCUGAGGAGGUUAUGGCGAAGAAUAUUCAAAUAUCCUUGGCGACGAAGGUUCAACAGUCGAGUACUACUUUUCGAAAAAAGCAGGCGGCUUAUUUAAAACGUCUCCGAGGUCUGUCAGGAAUAACCCCACCGAUCGAACGUUCAGGCUCUCCAAACCCAGCAUUCAUGUCCACCACCCUCCUCGACGAAGAAAACGACAUAUCCUACUCCCGCUCCGCCCUGCAACAAUCCCUAACCCUAACCUCAAACGACAACGCCAUCGUCCAACGUGAACGUGAAAUCACAGAUAUAGCAAACGGCAUCCUAGAACUAGCCGACAUCUUCAAAGAGCUCCAAACAAUGGUAAUCGACCAAGGCACCCUCCUCGACAGAAUAGACUAUAACGUCGAAAUGAUGAAAACAAACGUUAAAGAAGCUCAGAAGGAAUUGGUCGUUGCUAGUGGUUAUCAAAAGAAGACCACGAAGAGGAAAGCCAUGUUGCUGUUGGUUAUUUGUAUUGUUGGGGUUAUUAUACUCUUGACUUUGAAACCUAGGAAGAAAGGGGGGGCUGUUCCUGAUGUCCAACAUCCGGUUUUACCACCGAGUAAGGAUCCUAAUGUGCCGGGAUUGAUAAACCCUGGUGGUGGGAAUAGGAUAAAUCAUCCGGGUGGUGACGGCCAGACAGGCGAUCCUGAUGCUUCGGCUGUGCGUGCGACGAUAAGAGAUAGUGGACCUUAUAGGCCUGUGGGAUCGAAUACAAAAAGGAGGAUAAAACGUCGGGUCGAGAGGGAGUAG